GCAGUAUGUACAUAACUGGCAAAUCCCUGUCCAAAGUUUGACAAAAACUUAACUCGCUAAGACCGUAAGUUGUUAACUCGUUACUGAUGUUGAUUCUAACGUGAUGAUUAUCUAGACUUAAAACUAAAUUUAACAUCAUUUUUUUUUCAAUUUGUAUACAAAAUGACAAGGAUACGCAGUUGUCAAAUUUAAGUUUAGGUAUAGUGAAUCAUGCCAGAAUCGAUACCACUGUACUUACCGAAGUGUAAAUCAGUCUUUAUGUAUACAUUAAGCCGGAAAUAUAAAUUUGUCUGUCGUGUUGUGUCGUGACAUGUCAGAUAGGUAUUGCUUUCAUAUAUUUAGUAUGGUUAGAAUUAUAUUUGUGUAUCGCGAUGUGUCUACACCGUACUACCGUACUAAAUGUAUUAAACGGACAGUUCUCUGACGCGUCUCGACCAUGGCACGAGACUCGACGCAACACAAGAGACAAGUAUAUUUCCGGCUUUAUAAUUAAUUAUUUUUAAAUUUUACUUUCAAAUAAAUAAAUAAAUGUAGUUCUUGAAAUGGAUUGGAAUUUUGCAUGGUAAUAAUAUUAAUUUAAAUGCUUGGUCAUCACAGAGCAAUAAUGUUCCGAAAUAUCAUUGUUCAUGAUAUUUGUAUUCUGAGGAAUGUGUACCACAGAGUACAAUAUCAGUGACAAAAUACGUUUCCUUCAGCGAUAUUCAUUUGUUGAAAAUGGAGGCGUGAUGGAAGUGCGAUUGUUGGAAAAGCAGGAAUUUCAUGUUACUGAUUGUCUUAUUAAUAUAGUGAGUUGAAGUAUACUAGGGGCCGUAUCGUUUUUCAAUUAUGUUAAAAAGAAUAUCUGCAGCAUUUAUUUAGCCCUAGCGCUUCGCAUAUCGGUGUAAUUUGAGGGAGAGACUGCGAGCCUAUUGAUAGAUCCGAAAAUCACCAUGGCUGGAAACAAAAUAAACACGAAAACAAAAGGCAGAGAAGAUAAAUCUAAAACUAAUAAAGGCAUGAUUCAGAAUAUUGAAGAUAGUGAAGAUGCUGAUUUUUCUCUUCUUAGAAAACCAAUAUUUACUAGUGUUACUGGUUUUGCUCAAGCAAGAAAAAUCUUUGAUUUGGCUACUGAAGAACUCAAAGGGUUAAUUUCCAAUGAAUGUGAUCUUCUAUAUGAAUGUAAAGUAUGCAGAAAUAUCUUUAGAAGUUUGGCCAAUUUUAUUUCUCACAAACGUGUAUACUGUACAGAACAGUAUAGUACAACAGUACAUGGCCAAUUUUUCAAAAUGAAUUCAACUGAUAAUGAAAUGAUGAAGAUUAAAAAAAUAGAGGAAAGUUAUUUUGAAUCAUUAAAAGAUAAAGAGAAAAUUGAAGUUGUUCAAGAUAAUGAAGCUGAUAAUAGAAUACCACUAACAAAGGAUUUAACAGCCAUAUUAGAGAAGAUUAUGAAAAGCAAAGAGAAACGUGGAAGUACUACUGAUGAGUCACAGUUAAUUUUACAAAAGAUACCAAACAGCUCUGUAGCAGUAUUUCAAAACAUUGAUAGUGUCAAUGAAAAACAUGACAAGAUGAAAGCCCAAGUAGAAGAACUUGACAAUAUUUUGUCUCAAGAUAAGGCUGUACUACAAAGCGAUGGAAAAUUUAAGAUACAAAGUAAUAUCUCCUCUGAUACAGAUAAUGUCAUACAAAUUAGUGAUGAUGAAGAAAAUAAUAGUACUAAUAUCCUCAAAUGCAAAAUUUGUGGUCACAAUUUUUCUACUCUAAAAACACUCAAAUUUCAUAUGAAGUACAAACAUCUGGAAAGCAGAUUAGUUUAUUCAUGUCCAGAUUGUCUAGAAAUUUUCUCCACAUCAUGGAGUGUAUACCGACAUCUUUUCAAAGUGCAUCGCAAAACUGCUGCACAAAUAAGAAGACUACGGGAAUCAAUUCAGUCAAAAGCAUUUAAGAUGAAUAAUCCACCAGCAUUUUAUGAAAAACGCAAAAACACCAAACCACCAACAACUCAAAAAAUUAGUGAGGAAGAAAGAUUAGAUCAAGAAAAUCAGGCGUGGGUGGACAACGUAGAAGGCGAUAGUGAAAUACCCCGUUGUUUCGGGUGCGGCCGCACGUUUGAACGGCGAGCGGCACUAGCGGCGCACACGCAUACUUGCCAACCGCGGUCUCGGGCACUAGCGCGAAGACCGCAAGAAACUAAGAAGAUUGAGAUUCAGAUCAGGAAAGACUACAACAAAGGCCCGGCUGCCAACUUGAACUUGCCAAUCAAAACUACAGAAUCCAAUGAGAACAAAACUCCGAAUGAAGAGGUUACAAGCAUCAAUAAGCAGGAUAAAGAGGUGGAAACAAAAGAAUUAGAAAAUGGAGUUUCUGAAGAAUUACUUUUGGAUACUUCCGAAUCUUUAGAAAAAGUUAAAGAAUCACCUGAAAAGCCUUUGGAGGCUUUAUCUGAAGUACCUAAGCCAUUACUUAAAUUACCAUUUGCGCAACACAUUGAAAAGUCUAACCUUAGCGCUCUAAGGCUGAGAAUACAACCAGAUAUUGAAGUAAAUAAACUUUUAUGCAAGAAGUGUGAUAUUCAACAUGAUACAGUGCAUGAAUUGUAUGAUCAUAUGGCUGGCCAUUACAAGUGGAUGCGUUAUGCUUGCAAGUUAUGUAACUUCAAACAUUAUAAUCUGGAGAAACUACCAGAGCACGUCAAAAUAGUACACAAACUGAAAGGUGACAACGAUUUUUACUUUAGCACUGUGAAAGCCAUUGAUGGUAAUGAAGCAUUAGAGUUAUCUGAAUGUGUUGAUGAAAAUACUGAUGUGAAUAGUACGAGUCCUGAUUCUCGCCGCCAAAGUCGAUGCUCUAGUGACUCGAGUCGACUAUCAGAUGAUAGUUCUUCAAGUAGCACACGCCCCGAAACAGGGGCACGUAAAAGAAAAAUGUGUCAGCUGAAAGGAUCCGCUAAAAGAAAAAGAAGCACUUUGAACAAUGAUUAUUAUGAUGAAAAAUGUGCUGAUUUUAAAAAAGAGACAAAUGGUACAACAGAAAAUUAUUCGCCUCCAAAUGUAAAGACAUUUGAAGAAAACUCGUCAGAUAUGGAUGAAAUCGAAGAUAAGAUAUCAAAAAUAUCAAAGCAAUUAGCUGGGAAUCAUGCAUCUGUAGCAUCACGUCGACCCGUUCGUAAAAAGACAAAACCUAAAAAUGAGGAUUUUGAGUAUGAUUUAUCAAAUUUGCUAAAGAUGGAAGCUCAAGGUUACAGAGAUUCGCAGUCACUAGGAACGAAAACCAAUCAACCUAAAGAUAAGAAGAAACCAACACAAGACAAUGCCAACUAUUAUGAAAUCCUCAACCGCGAUUGUAGUGGUGCCUUAGCCACUCUAUCUAAAAGAGCAGUUGAAAACUUUACGGCGCAAAUGAAAAAUAGUAAUUUUACUUCACAAAAUGCAGUAAAAGAACCAAAAUCAUCUAAUAUAUUCGUGAGGCCUAUGUUACCUAAAGGUAUUUAUAGAGGAGAAAGAUACUCUCCUAAUAAAAAGGAUGUUGCUGAUGAUUGUUCUAGCCCACCAAAAGACAUGAAGAUGAAUAAAGUUAUUUCUGAUGAGGCUGAGGAUGAGGCUGGGAAUGAGGUUUCUAAAACUCCUGAAAAAGAUGUGACAACUGGUCCCUCUGACCCAGUCAAACCGGCUGCCAUUCUAUCCGCACCCGCCGAGACAGCAAAUGCAAAUGAGGAAAAAGUCGACCCAAACAGCACAAUAAAACCGAAUUUAAACAUUCCAGCUGUCGUACCAAUUAAAUUUCGCCGUCAAAGUUUAGAAGUAAUGAAAAAUCCGCUUAUAAACAAAAAUAUAUCGGAAUUUAAAAAUGCAGGCAUGAAAACAAAAAUUCUAGUUAUUAAACCAAUCAACAGGAACAAAGACGGAACUUCUGUACCAAAAGCGCCUUUAAAAUUUCAAACUAUCAAAUUGAAGGAUCCUUCUAAAUGUCUAACACCAAACGAAGAAAAAGCGUCUGAUCAAGUAGUAGUGGUGAAAGUUCCCGCAGUUGACUGCGCGAUAUCGCUUCCGAAUUCUGAUAAAAAUGCAGUAAAUUGUGAUGAGAACACACCGGUAGUCGAUACUUUUAAUAAUAACGAUACAUCUGAACAAUUAACUCCACCCAUAGGUAACAAAAACAUAAAUAAAGCUGACAUUUCUGCCAUUAUUGCCACUAAAAGCAUAUUAGGGAUUAAUGAUAUGGAUAUAGAUGAAAAUGAUAAAAUUGCCUCUAACGAGAGUAAAGUUGAAACAGAACAAAAUGUGGUAAAUGAGACUAAACAACCAUUAGAAGGGGAAGUAAUAGAAGCAGCAACGUAACUACAUAACCCGUCAAUGUACGUUUUUAUGAUCAACAGGGUGCUCAAAUUCCACAUUUUUGUCCGGUUAAUCUGGCUGAUUAAUGUAAUUAUUGCAAACAAUGAUAUAUAAUAAUAGUCCAAAAAUACAUGUAAAAUUCACUUCAACCUACAUGAUUGUCAUGUUGAUCAUAGAACAAGCUUAAAUCGCUUACAAUAUUUUAUAAUGUGCAUUAAAGAUUUGAGGUACCUACUUAGGUCAUAUGCCUAGUACUACAUGUUUAAUAUUGACAUUUGUUUUUAGCAACCAACAUAAUUAGGAUGUACAGCCAGCAACAAUUUAAGUUACCAGCAAAAGCCACAAUCAGUCUCUUCAGUUAUUUAGGAGAUAUUUGAAUUUGUUUUUUUUUUAUAUUUCAAAGUGUUAAACAGCUAUCUUUAUCAUAUCUGAAGAAUAUUUUUACUAUAGAAAAAAAUCAAAUGUUCCAAGGUCCCCCAUCCAAUAAUCCAGCCUGAUACCAACCUUGGCCAAGUUAACUUUUGCUAGUAUUUCUUUAGUUUUAGAUUAAUUAAUUUGAGCUGUUCUGUCUGUACCUUAUAUCCUGACUUGUCAAAAUGAUGCCUAUUCUCUGCUAGCCGUUCUCUCAUUUGGUUAAAAUAAGCAUUAUAUUUAUCCCUAUUCCGUCCUUAUGGAACGCCUGUGCCCAAGCACUGAGGAAGAGGCAUUACAUGAGUUAAAAUUAUUGAGUUUUAAAUAUACCUAUAUACAAAAAAAAACAGCCACCAACAGUCCUCACUUUGAUGAACUAAAACACGGACAACAACAAAAAUGUGUUAGUAAAUAUUUUAUAGACUCCUCUAAAAAAUUAGAUUUUUUGUUAAAUAUAUAUACGUAUAUUUUAGUUGGUUCUUGUCAAGUUUUCUCAUUCAUGUAAGUAAACAAAACUGAUGCUUAUAUGAUUACUUAGGUAUUAUUUUAUGUAAGUAUGUUAAGUUCUUAGGUAGAAGAAAUAAAAUUAUUUACUGAUGAAUUGAAGGUUUAGCAUUUUUAUUUUAUAAUGUCGGACCAGAUCAGAUAUGGUUUGUCCUAUCCAGUAAAAAAAAACAUUUGAUUUAUUAUAACUAAAUACAUUAAUAUUAUAUGUAAGUAUAUUAUAGAUAGAUCCAAAAAUCAAAGUCAGAAAUCAAGUCAGAGAAAGGCCAGCGAAGCAGAUUAUUACUAAAUACACUUCUGGACACAUCUAUUAGGCCCACCUUAGAGUUUAGGUUUCGAUGGACCCUACCGAAAUAUGAUUGCUAGAUUGAACAAAAACUGUUGAUGCAGUGUUAAACCUGAUACAUUUUACCAUCUUUUUCGAUCGUAUUGUUUUAAAUUUGAAUUCAGAAUACCAUACGACAUGGAGCUACGCCUAACAAGUCGGAUAUGCGCCUUGUUAAAGGCAAUUGAUUUUUGAAUAAAAAACAUGUUUUAUCAAAUAAAGGUUUAAUUUAAUAACGCGUGUUGCUUCCAUGGGCAUCUACCACAGCUCUCAUACGAUUAGGCAUAGAGUUUAUCAACCGCUCUAUGAAAUUUUGAGGGAUCAUCUCCCAUUCCUCUUCUAUGGCAGUUUUCAACUCCUGCAUCGUCUGGGCAACUGGCUGACGAGCCCUAACACGUCUUUUUAGCUCGUCCCACAUGUGCUCAAUGGGGUUCAUGUCUGGGCUUCUGGCUGGCCAGUCCAUAACUGUGAUGAA